AUGGAUAAGUCUCCAUCUAAACCCUAUUCAACCAAGAAAAGGGUAAAAAUACACCCCAACACUGUGACUGUAAAAUAUACAUCCCACUACCCCCAACCAGGAGAUGAAGGCUAUGAUGACUACACCGAGAAUAAUGAGGGCUUUGUGGAGGAGAACCCAAAGAAAAGACUUUUGGGAAAUACCAAACAAAAAGGAAAAACCUUCUUUGGGACUAUGGAUAGCUGCCCUAAUCAGGUAGAAGACGCAGACAAUGAGCUUGCUCAGCAAUUACAAAGCUUUGCUAACAGCUCUGUCUUUCAGUACAGAAAAAUGUGGGCAGUAUUAUUUGGCUCAGCCAUGGCUCACGGGUGUGUCGCGCUCAUCACCAGAUUGGUUUCUGAUCGUUCCAAAGUGCCAUCUCUAGAACUGAUAUUUGUUCGCUCUGUUAUGCAGGUAUUAUCUAUAUUAAUGGUUUGUUAUUACAAAGAAGCUCCCUUUGGCCCCCCAGGCUACAGAUUACAACUCUUCUUCUAUGGAGUAUGCAAUGUUAUCUCUAUAACGUGUGCCUAUACAUCUUUUUCUAUUGUUCCUCCGAGCAAUGGAACCAUCAUGUGGAGAGCAACCACCACAGUCUUCAGUGCUAUACUUGCAUUCUUGCUGAUUGAUGAACACAUGGCAUAUGUUGAUUUAAUAACUGUAAUUUGCAGUGUUUUUGGUGCCUGUUUAGUCAUGAUUCCCAAUAUUGUUAAUGAAGAGAACUCAUUCCUUGGUAUCUGGAAAGAAGCAUUUGGUUACACAAUGACAGUAAUGGCAGGAUUGACCACAGCUCUUUCAAUGAUCAUCUACAGAUCUAUUAAAGAAAAAGUAAGCAUGUGGACAGCACUGUUUACCUUUGGAUGGACUGGAAGUGUUUGGGGAGCAUGUACUAUGUUUGUCCUUCAAGAACCAAUCAUUCCAUUGGAUGGAGAAACCUGGGGCUAUCUUCUAGCAAUCUGCUUGUGCUCUACAGUGGCAUUCUUGGGCGUUUAUUAUGCCUUAUAUAAGUUUCACCCAGCUCUUGUUAGUACAGUUCAGCACUUGGAGAUUGUAGUAGCAAUGAUCCUACAGCUUCUUGUUUUGCGCAUGUUUCCAAGUGUCUAUGAUCUUAUAGGAGGGGCUGUCAUCAUUGUAAGCGUAUUUGCACUUGCAGGUUACAAACUCUAUUUAGGCAGAUUAGGACGGCAAGAUUACCAAGAAAUAUUGGACUCUCCAAUUAAAUGA